GUGACGUAUCAUUCCGCGCCAGGAAGAUGGCUGCAUUGGCUCUGUACAUGAGGUGUGCUGCGAAGCCAUUGCUGCCGGUCGUCCAGACUUGGGACCUCGAAGCAAGGCGCUGGGUGCGGGCUCUGCGGAGGAGCCCCGUGAAAGUAGUAUUUCCAUCUGGAGAAGUGUUGGAACAGAGGCGUGCUCCCGGGAAACAGCCCCGAAAGACAGUCCCUGAAGCGAGUCCCCAGGAGCAGCGACAUAAACAGCCGCUUCACAUAUCCCCAUCCCAGACGCCUAGCACCUGGGAAGAAGCAGGGCUGCACUACGAUAAAGCUUUUCCUGGAGACAGAAGGCUGAGAAGUGUAAUGACAAUCGUUAAGUCCCGGUCAUUUCGAGAAAAGCAAGGGAAGAUUCUUUUGGAAGGUCGCAGGCUGAUUGCAGAUGCUCUCCAGGCAGGAGCUGUACCGAAAGUUUUUUUCUUUAGCCGUCUGGAAUACAUUAAGGAGUUGCCAACAGAUAAAUUAAAAGGAGUCAGCCUUAUAAAGGUGAAAUUUGAAGAUAUCAAGGAUUGGUCCGAUCUAGUAGCGCCACAAGGAAUAAUGGGGAUUUUUGCCAAACCUGACUGUGUGAAGAUGACGUAUCCAAAGAAUCAGCUCCACCAUUCACUGCCUUUAUUGUUGAUUUGUGACAAUCUCCGUGACCCUGGGAACCUAGGGACGAUUCUGAGAUCUGCAGCUGGGGCAGGCUGCAGCAAAGUGUUACUCACUAAAGGCUGCGUGGAUGCCUGGGAGCCCAAAGUCCUACGGGCAGGCAUGGGGGCGCAUUUCCAGGUGCCCAUUAUCAGCAAUCUGGAAUGGGAAUCAGUGCCCAACUAUCUGCCCCCCGACACGCGGGUCUAUGUGGCAGACAACUGUGGUCUCUAUGCCCAGGCCCAGAUGUCUAACAAAGCCAGUGACCAUGGCUGGGUGUGUGAUCGACGAUACCUGAAGUUUCACAAGUAUGAGGAGGAGGCGGAGGAGGAAGGCAAAGACCUGGAGAUCAGAGCCAGGAAGGGCUGGCUCCCUGAGCUUGAGGUUCAGAGUUACGACUUGGACUGGACACAGGCCCCCGCGGCCGUGGUGGUAGGUGGGGAGACACACGGCUUGAGCCUGGAGUCCCUGCAGUUGGCUGAGAGCACCGGGGGCAAGAGGCUGCUGAUUCCCGUUGUGCCUGGAGUGGACAGCCUGAACUCGGCCAUGGCGGCAAGCAUCCUGCUUUUUGAAGGAAAAAGACAGUUGCGGGUCAGGGUGGAACACCUGAGCAGGGACAGGAGCUAUCCCUGAGGGGACGCCUCUAGCUUCCACUCUGGGGCGGUGUCAGGAGACUGACCCAGUGGGCAGCUGUGGCCUCCCAGCCUGUGUGCAGGAGGAGAAAGUAGCGAUUACUGCCAUCACGUGGUUAUUGGAGCAGUAACAAUUUCCAUAGAAGUUUCUGCUCUCAUAAAUUACAAAGGUCAGAAUUCUUAGAUCUCCCAUCGCCACCAGGUUUGAGGUUAUAUAUGAUCCAUGUGGCUGUGUAUAUCUGUUUUAAAAAUUGUCCAUUAGGGCUGGGAUGUUGCUUAGUGGUAGAGUGCUAGCAUGCACAGGUUCUGGGUUCUAUCUCCAGCACCUCAAAAAAAAAAAAAGAAAAAGCCAGAGAUAAUAGUUCAGUGGCACAAGUGCCUGGCAAGCGUGAGGUUGUGAUUUCAUUCUCCAGUACCAAAAAAAAAAAAAGUUACUAAGGAGCAUCUUUUUGUCCAGAAAGUUUCCCAACACAUCAUGUUUGUCCGCAGCAUUCCCUCCAUCGCUGGGGUGUUUCAUAGCCAUGAAGCGCUGGUUAUAAGCCAUGGCUGAGUCACUUGCAUCUGAUCAUUGGUCACUGGAAAAUAAACUUUAAAAGUUUCCUUUGCACACGA